AUGCUCCUGGCAAAUCUAGCACAAACUUUGGAAUCUCAAGAUGACAAGAGUACACAGGCGCACAGGCGACGUCUAUUUUGGCUGUGCAGAAGAACGCCUCAGAUCGGAUUUGCUGCAACAGACAAUGUGGCGAUUUUAAAACUCAUUGAUGCAGGAGUACCUAAAGACAACAUUGUGUUUAUAAAAACAACAAUGUUUGUUGUAAAAAUGAUUUUGCCACUUGUUGUAGUGAAAUACACGUCUGGUCCAAAACCGAUGAACGUUUACUUAACAGCAACACCAAUCAAAUUACUUUGGAACAUUUCAUUUUUGGUGUUUAUUUAUUAUACGCCGAAAUUGAUAACAAUAAAUGGAUCUGUUAGUAUUCCAAUAUAUUACUAUGUACUUUUAGUAUUUGUAUUAUCAAUACAUGAUAUUAUAGAUACCAUUAUGAUUGUGUCUUUAUUAGCCUUUUUCUCUCGAAUAAGUGAUUCACGUUUUGGUGGUACCUACAUGACGUUAUUGAAUACACUUUCAAAUUUGGGAGGAGCAUGGUCAUCUCCAGUCACUAUUGGAAUGAUAGAUAUUCUAACCUUUAAACAAUGUUCUUUAGAUAAUAAGAACAAGAAUAAUUGCUCAACUCCAAAUCUAAAAAACAUGUGUACAACAAUUGGAGGUGAUUGCGUUGUUAUAGUGAACGGGUAUUACGUAGAAACGGCUGUGUGUACCAUCAUCGGAAUCAUAUGGUUUUGUAUUUUCAGAAAUAUCUUUAAAAAUGUUCAAACUAAGGGCCGUUCUUAUUGGUUGGUCAACAUAAAGAGACAAAGAAAAUGA